CAGCACAUGCCUCCGUUGCAAUUCACCUCUGAAUCCUUUGAACAUAUAUUCUCCUGUCCGUCAAACUUUUCAAUAAUCAAGGAAAAAAGCAAAAGCAUCAUUAAGCUUAUCCUAGAACUUAUCAACAAAAGUGAUAGCAUUCAAUCCAAGACUGACCUCAAUGAUAUAAUAAGUAACCUUUUAAUUUCUGAACCUCUUCUACUAAACUGGGCAACAGUAACUGCUAAUACCUCCUCUGCAACAGGGAUAUGCUGGAAGAGAAUCACUCCCUAUCCUCAGCAAAAACAACCCAAUAAGAAAAGAUUUCCACCUACUACUCUCCUUUUAGACUGCUUUACAAGAUCCAACCCAAUGCAAUGCAUCGAUAAAACAACAACUAUAUAUAUUAACAAAAUUAUUCAACUUAACAACCCAUCCCCUCAAAAUUCUUCACUGUUUAUGGAUAGAGCAAUCGCUGUCUAUCCUUACCCAUUUAAUAGGCCUCUUUGA